CCGACCUCAGCAGCUGAGCUGGUGAGAGACAGUAAACACAGACCGAGUUCCUGUUUCCUUCAGCUGAUGGUCCAGGCUUCGGUAUCUGAAACCCAAUGAUUGUGCGCCAGCUCCCAUGUAGAGGAUUCAUAAACUCUCACCUGCAUGCCAACCUGAGAAGGCCUCAGGGAAGCCAAGACAUGGCCAGACCCAGUUCAGACUUCGCAGCACUCAGGGAGAUCUUCUCCAAGGCCAAGAAUAUAGCCAUCGUCACCGGAGCAGGGGUGAGUGCAGAGAGUGGAGUCCCCACCUUCAGAGGAGCAGGAGGCUACUGGAGAAAAUGGCAAGCACAGAAACUUGCCACCCCAGAGGCCUUCUCCAGGAAUCCCUCGCGUGUUUGGGAGUUUUACCAUUACCGACGCGAGGUCAUGCUCACAAAAAACCCCAACCCGGCCCACCUGGCCAUCGCAGAGUGUGAGGAGCGACUGAGUAAACAGGGACGCACGGUGACAGUCAUCACUCAAAAUAUUGACGAGCUCCACCGCCGCGCCGGAUCCCAAAACAUCCUGGAAAUCCACGGCAAUCUGUUUAAAACACGCUGUAUGAGCUGUGGUCAUGAAGUGGACAAUUACAAGAGCCCCAUCUGUGCCGCUCUGGAGGGCAAAGGAGCUCCAGACCCAGACACAGAUGAUGCUCAGAUCCCUGUUCAGCAGCUGCCCAGGUGUGAGCAACAAGGCUGUCAUGGUCUCCUGAGACCAGCUGUGGUUUGGUUUGGAGAGACUCUGGACUCCGGCAUCCUCACCCGCGCAGAGAAAGUAUUGGACAGCUGUGACCUCUGCCUGGUGGUCGGCACGUCGUCCAUCGUGUAUCCAGCGGCCAUGUUUGCUCCUCAGGUGGCAGCCAGAGGUGUCCCCGUAGCCGAAUUCAACAUGGAGGACACACCGGCCACCAUGCGCUUCAAGUUCCACUUCCACGGCCCCUGUGGGACCACGUUACCCCCCGCGCUGGCACGCCACGAGACCGAACACGCAUGAGUCCCGGACGUCGGCUGCACACGGACCAGACUGUCGAACACUGGAGGACUUUAUUGGUGCAAAUACCAAACAAUAAUGGGUUGAAUGUAAUGAACAGGUUUAUAAAAAGUAGGGUAUUAACGAUAUCAUUUCUGUGAUUUAAUGUUUUUUCAACGUGGACGACGUAACAUUGGAGCGGCUGUCAUGUCAGAUCACACCAGUGCUGUUUGCUGACUGCUGCAACGGCCACAUUUUCAUAAUUGAGAGACUUGUCCAGAAGCCAUUGCAACAUAUUAACUGUGCUCUAUCUAAAAAGUAUUGCUGAAAAAGACAGUGACACAAAUAAAUAUGAUUGACUGUG